UGCAGUUACGCGCAGGCGCGGUGGGCGGGUUGAAGCGCGUGCGCGCGCUCCGUCAUGGCGACCGCGGCCCGCAAGUACUCGGUGUUGCUGCCCACCUACAACGAGCGCGAGAAUCUUCCCCUGGUGGUGUGGCUGCUGGUGAAGAGCUUCGAGGAGAGUGGGAAUGAGUUCGAAAUUGUAAUUAUAGAUGAUGGAAGCCCAGAUGGGACGCAGGAAGUUGCUGACCAGUUAAUAAAAAUUUAUGGAUCAGACAAAAUUCUGUUGAGACCCAGAGCAAAGAAACUUGGAUUGGGAACUGCUUACAUUCAUGGAAUGAAACAUGCCACAGGAAACUUCAUUAUUAUUAUGGAUGCUGAUCUCUCACACCAUCCCAAAUUCAUUCCAGAGUUUAUCAAAAAACAGAAAGAAGGAAAUUUUGAUAUUGUGUCUGGGACUCGAUAUAAAGGAAAUGGAGGUGUGCAUGGAUGGGAUCUAAAACGAAAAUUGAUCAGCCGAGGUGCCAACUUUUUAACUCAAGUUCUAUUACGGCCAGGUGCAUCAGACUUAACAGGAAGCUUCAGGUUAUAUAGAAAAGAGGUUCUACAAAAACUGAUGGAGAAAUGUGUUUCAAAAGGAUACGUUUUCCAAAUGGAAAUGAUUGUCCGGGCCAGACAAUUGGGUUAUUCUAUUGGAGAGGUUCCUAUAUCAUUUGUGGAUCGAGUCUACGGAGAAUCUAAGCUAGGAGGCAAUGAAAUAGUUUCUUUUCUGAAAGGAUUGUUGACUCUAUUUGCCACUACAUAAUAAAGAGAUUCAGUACUGUGCCAGUAUUUCUAUAGUUUGACUGAAUACUUUAUAUUGGACUGUGACAGAAAUUCACUAUGGCUUUAGAGAACAAAAUUUAAAGGUCUCUUCUAUUUGAGGUUAUGGCAGCACUGAAAAAAGUUACUUAUGUCACACUUAUGAUGUCAGAGCAGUCACAUGUUCAAAAUUUGGAUACUUGAUAAUUGGCAUGUAUUUACGACAAUACCAGCCUGGGGUCACAUGAUCGACUUUGGGAUCUGCCCAACUGACUUCUGACAAGCAACGUUAAUGGGGAAGCCAGAUUUGUUUUAACAACCACAUGAUUCACGUAAGGACCAAAUUGGGAAUAACACUCUUUAACAACUGCCUCACUUAGCAGCAGGAGUUCUUAGCCCAACUUUGGUUGUAAAUUGGGGGGUACCUGUACUUGAUAUCUGAGAAUGUAAAAGCUAAAGUUUUAACUUUCUUCACCACUUUUAAUUUUUACAAAGUGUUUGCAUUUUAAAUGAACUACAGGUAAUUAUCUGGAAAUAAUAAUAUAUGGAUUUCUGGAAAGAUACAUUUACAUAUUGCAGGUCAUGAAGCAAUGAAUAGGACUAGUACAAUGAUACCUUUCUGACUGUACAUUUGCAUACACUACAUUCAGAAAAUGAUAUUAACACAUUCCAACUGCAGACUGGGGGGGGGAAUCAAAAUUUACAUUCAAUCUUUAGUUGUAAUUAUUAUGGAAUAUAGUUUUGUGCUUAGGCACUAUUUGCAAUUCAAAUGAAUAAAUAAAAUAUAAAUCCUUAUUACAAAUAUCACUUUUGGGGGAAGGGGUUUUCAGUCAUUAGUUUUAAUUUUUUUUAAAUAUUCUACUCAUUCUGUAAAAACUGGAGGGAAAAACAAGUAAAAGAAGUACCUAAAUGAUUGAAGUACCACAUCUUUCAUAUGCAAAAAAGAGAGAAUAGUGGGAUUUUUUAUUUUACAAAAUGAAAUGGACAAUCUAAAUCUAUAAAAUUAUGCAUAGUGCAAAGAAGGAAAUACCUCUCUGUUAGAAGUUAGGAUCAUCAAUGAAAUCAUGACAAGUCAUGAUAAAAUUGCUUGUGAUAAAACUUUAUUCCUGUAAUGUGAUCUUUAAAAAUAUUUCAAAUGUAUGUACGUGUACGUACAGCUAAUUAUAAAAUAUGUUAUCUAAUUGGAACCAUAUUUUGAGGCCAUAUCUUUCUAAAUGCUCAUUACUAGGAGACUGAUUCGUGUGUGUGUAUAAUAGUUUUCAUACUAUUUCAAAUGGUUCAGAUACUUACUAUGAUAAACUAAAUUGUCUUGUUCAGAAAGUUUGAAUUUUAAAUGGUAACUUUCUCAUAGAAGUAAAUUAUGUUCUUUAAACCUCUGCUUUUCCAUUUAGUCCUGGUUGUCUUUACGUUCUCAAAUUUCCUUGUACUGUUUAUGCCAGUUUUUCCCUUUUGUAAAAUAUAGGUAAUUUAUUUGAUAACAUUAAUUCUGAAUAAAUUAAUUAUGAAAGACA